AUGAUUCUCUCCGUUGCUUCUUUCUUCGUCUGUGCCCUUCUAUACAAUGGAUUUGUAACAGCUGAGUGGACAUGGACAAACGUUAAGGACACUCCAGCCUCUACGGCGCAAUUAGCUAUGAUUGACCCUGUCUUCUGGCUGGUAAGUGCAACUAAUUUCGAUCGUGCUAUGUCUCAUUCCACGUUUCACAUUGAUGACAAUCGUGAACUCUUUACGACCGUCUCGAGUGUUGAAGCGGCGUCAACUGGCAAAUGCUAUGGAUAA